AUGUUUAAGUGCAACCGACUCCAAGAGGCCACCGAUAUAUGCGUAAAGUUAAAUCAGUGGCAGACGGCGCUUGAUGUCGUGCGUCGACCGGCUGUUGGCGCUUGUCCGACGCCGAGUUCUGGAUUACGUAUAGCACAGCAGGCGCGUGUUGAUCGUCUCCAGGAGCAGGCUGUGGAUCGGUUGCUAAGCCAAAACCGGGGGAUGCAGGCUGUUGAGUUGGAGCGUCGUGGUGGGCGAUAUUUGGAGGCGGCUAAGCUGAUGCAGCAGGUUUGUCUACACCAUAUCUUCUCUUUAAAUCAAUAG